AUGAAGCGGAAGAUGGUUUCCUUGAUGGAUUUGACCACCCUCGACAAGGAAGGUGACACAGAAGACAAGGUCAAACAACUGGUGGAGAAAGGCUCAAUUGCGAAUGCGCUACAGACAGAGGUGGCCGCUGUUUGUGUGUACCCCGAGUUCGUGCCCGCGGCAAAGAAACAGAUCGCUGCCCUGGGGUGCCAGAUGCGCGUGGCCACCGUGGUGAAUUUUCCCAGUGGAGAUGGUGAAGUUGAGCAGAUCAAACUGGACACCAAAGGAGCACUGGAUGCUGGGGCAGAUGAGAUCGACCUGGUGAUCUGCUACAAGGACUACCUGCAAAGUGCCAAGUCGAGCAGGUCUUGCCAGUUGGUUCAUGGUGUCAAGGAGGUGAUCCAGCAGCAUGGCCGGGGAUGUUUGAAGGUGAUCCUGGAAACGGGUGAGUUGAAGAGCUCGGAUCUCAUCCAGAAGUCUGCCGAGGAUGCCCUUCAGCAUGGAGCUGACUUUCUGAAGACUUCCACUGGUAAGACACCUGCAGGUGCAAGCCUGGAGGCAGCCAGAGUGAUGCUGCAAGUCAUCAAAGCUGCCGGUGAAGCUGGCUCGACAAAAGUCUGUGGUUUGAAGAUUUCCGGUGGCGUUCGCACUUUUGAAGAUGCUCUGGGAUACAUUCGUUUGGUUGAAGAGGUCCUCCCUGACAGUGCCGAUUUCUUGAGGCCAGAGACUUUUCGAUUUGGAGUGAGUGGAUUGCUUGCCAACUUGCUGAGGGAAGAUGCAAAGGUGGAAUCUGGCUCAGCGUACUAA